AUGGUGAAAUAUCUAGUUGAAAACGGCGCUGAUGUAAAUUGCAAAGGUGCUGAUGGAUCGACAGUCUUGCAUACUGCUGUUGAUAUGGGUGCAUUAAAAAAGGUCGAGUAUUUAGUUGAACAAGGUGCUGACAUAACACUUGAAAGUAAAGUUAACGCUCAUACACUUGGUACUGAUAUUCUGGAGAUGGCUGUUGUGCACAAUUCAGCUGUUUUGGUCAACCUUUUGCUGGAAAAGAACGUUACUAUGUGCAAAGCUCCAACACUUUCUGUUGAAGGCGGACAAAUGAGUCUUUAUCAAUGGAGUGUUCACUUUGGUCAUGAUGAGAUUGCAACUAUCCUCGGGCGCUCCGUAAAACAUCGUGAGAAAAUUCAGAUUUUGAAAACAACGAAUUGCAAUAAGUUAGACAAGCUUUUGAACUGUUCCCCAUGUGUGAUGGAAGGUCUUAAACUCCCCUUCUACGGUUCGACGCCAGGUGUUCUUGGGUCGCCCGCGUUUCCGUUUCCCCUCUGGUGUCCAGUGGAGGGCUGUGCGGGAAAUGUUGCCAGGUUCUCUUCUUAUUACAUGCCCGAUCCAUCUCCAUCGCCUUUGCAUGAUGAUGGUGCCCAUGCUGUCUUGGUUGCAGCGGGCGAGAAGAUGUUGGUUCGAGAUGGUCUCGGGCCAGAAUAUUCGCAGGAUUCUUCUAAGGUUCUUGGUGUAGAAGGUGGACAGUUGUUUGAGGUCGCUUUCAGUCAUCCUCCAGCAUUCUGA